CAUCUUGCCUGCCUUUCGCUGCUUCUCUUUCCUGAGCUCGGACAAGCCGUCGCGCUCGUUCUGACGCGAGGCCGCCAUCCUCAGGCCUACAAACCAAGUCUGGUCGCCUAGGAUGUGACGUCACGAGGCAGGGCGAGUGGGCGUGGUCAAGGAGACGUUGUUAAAGAGGCCGCGGCUUCCUGGGCGGGGACUGGAGAGAGCAGAGCGAUAGGAGCCGGGGAGGGAGGGGUUAAUGCGUGUCAGCUGACCUCCCCCUGCUGGAGGCACAGCUACAUGGAGAGCAAUCCCAGAAUCCUCUGCGAGAAGGUCUCCUUAUGUAAACAAAGAGGGAGCUAUGGCUGCAAAGGGCAAAAUAACUCAACAGCAAUAAGGUAGAAAUGGGGAGAACCUGGGGGAGAGAGAGAGACAGGAGGGGGGAGAGAGACACAGAGAGUGAGAGGGGGGAGAGAGAGAGAGAGAGAGAGAGAGAGAGAGAGAGGGUGAGAACACAGAGAAGAGGGAGAAGAGAGAGAGAGAGGGGGUGAGAGACACAGAGCGAAAGAGGGGUGAAGACACAGAGAAGGGGAGAGAGAGAGAGAGGGGUGAGAGACACAGAGCGAAAAGAGGGGAGUGAGGGACACAGAGAUAAGGGGGAGAGAGAAAAAGAAGGGGUGAGAGAGAAGAGGGGGGAGAGAGAGUGAGAAAAAGGGGAGAGAGAGAGGGUGAGGAGAGAGAGAGAGAGGGAGGGAGGGAGAGAGAGAGGGAGGGAGGGAGGGAGAGAGAGAGAGGGGGGAGGGAGGAGGGGUGGGAGAGAGAGAGGGGGAGAGAGAGGGAGAGGGAGAGGGAGGGGGGUGUUUGUGUAUUAGGAGGAGGUGAGAGGGAUGUGUCUGUGUAUUAGGAGGAGGUGAGAGGGAUGUGUCCCGGUGUCUGUGUAUUAGGAGGAGGUGAGAGGGAUGUGUCCCGGUGUCUGUGUAUUAGGAGGAGGUGAGAGGGAUGUGUCCCGGUGUCUGUGUAUUAGGAGGAGGUGAGAGGGAUGUGUCCCGGUGUCUGUGUAUUAGGAGGAGGUGAGAGGGAUGUGUCCCGGUGUCUGUGUAUUAGGAGGAGGUGAGAGGGAUGUGUCUGUGUAUUAGGAGGAGGUGAGAGGGAUGUGUCCCGGUGUCUGUGUAUUAGGAGGAGGUGAGAGGGAUGUGUCCCGGUGUCUGUGUAUUAGGAGGAGGUGAGAGGGAUGUGUCCCGGUGUCUGUGUAUUAGGAGGAGAUGAGAGGGAUGUGUCCCGGUGUCUGUGUAUUAGGAGGUGAGAGGGAUGUGUCCCGGUGUCUGUGUAUUAGGAGGAGGUGAGAGGGAUGUGUCCCGGUGUCUGUGUAUUAGGAGGAAGUGAGAGGGAUGUGUCCCGGUGUCUGUGUAUUAGGAGGAGGUGAGAGAGAUGUGUUCUGUUGUGUAAAUUGCAACAUCUAACUGCCACACAUGAUGCUUUGACUAACCUAAAAUUGACAACUUAUGUUAGAAAGAUGUCUGUUAGGAUGUAACUGGAGAUAUGACUCUCCAGAUAUCUGCACACUAGUAAAGGGGCCAUGUUUCCUUCAUGUCUGUGUAUUUGGGGGGGAUAGCUGGAUUUACAGUAUAGCAAGGUAUAGCUGACAAACGUGGUGGGAUGACAUUAGAAUUUUUCAUUAGAAUUAAAAUUGUAUAAUCAAGCUGGAUAAUAUCUGUGCAAUACAGUUGACUUCUAGGUCAUGUAACACGUUGUGUGUCAUCCUCGUCCUGCCCAAUAUAAAGCCAUAUUCCUGGGCUUCUAAGGGUACAAACUACAGCCAUCACACAUAUACUGAACUCUAUCACACCCAUGUCAGCCAUAUUCCAUAGGGAUAAAAUAUUUCUAGACCACUCAUAUUGCCUGCUUUGGAAUUCCACUGAAUACCCAUUUUAAGCACAUCUAUCACUCUAGUGCACUUAAAUCUGUUUAUUUUGUAUCACUUAUAUUGCAGAUGGGAUUAAACCUGUUACCCCUUCCAGCCCUGGAAGAAUGACUCUCGUUGCAUCACUUUAAGUAUUCUGAGACUGUCAAUUUGAUUUACAAGGGGAUCUGGAUACAAACUUUAGGAGCAGAACUGAAAUUUCCCAGAAUCCUUUAUUUAUGUAACAGAGCAGUAUGCGUUGUACUACAUAGUUUCCUCCGGUUUAUGUCCAUCCACUCAAAGACCAUUUUAUUUUUGCAUCCGUUUUCAUCAAUGAGAAGAUAACAUUCAACACUGUGUCUAUCCGCCAGUGGCGGUAUUAUAAUAUAAUUUCAAUAAUUUUGUAAAAUAGCGGUUCUUUCAAACUAAUUAACAAAGUCAGCUAUUUUUACUAAUUCAUUUUUUUUUUUGUGCCCUUAUUUUAAUUGAGAGAGGUGUAUUUAAUUUCUUUGUAAAUGCAGUUAUACCAGGAAAUCUGAAAGAGAAUUUCUGUGCAGUCUAAAUACAUGGUAUUAGUAAAAAGGUUUCAAAAAUAUUAGAAUUAAAAAAAAAAAAAAAAAAUAUUUAAUAUUUUGCCAUACUAACACAAAUAGAUAUUUCUGAAAAUUUGAAUCUAAUAAUUUCAAUCUUAAAAUUGUACAGUUGCAGAUUUUUAUAUUUAAUUUAUUUUAAAAUUUCUACACCUAUAAAAUCUAAACUUAUCACCUGAUGCCUCUGACAAUUAAAUCCCUUCAAAUUUCAAAAUAACUUGAACUGGAAUAAUCUGUACACACUAAAAAUGAAAUAAAAUUGCUUAAUACAUUUUAGAGCAAUAAUAUUGGUAUGUAAAAGCUUAGAUUUUCCUUUUAGAAAUAAAUGUGUAGAAAUAUUUGUACUUUUGUAUUUAAUUUUAAAUAGCACAUUUUUACUGGCCACAUUGGCUUAUCUUAUAAAGUUUAAUAAACUCAAGCAUCAUGGGACGACUGGAUGAACAAGCGAAGAACCGCAUAGUGGUGUUGAGGAAAGCUGGUCUCAGCUUCCGUAAGAUCAAGAAAGUUCUUGAACUGGACAAUAUCAAAGUAACACCACAAGCCAUCUACCUCUUCCUAAAACGCAAGAACAUUGAGCCUGAAAAGUCCACUGGUGGUCCCCAUGGAGUGACACCCAAAGAGAAGCCAUGGGGGGAAGGGCAGCUCUGGAAUGUGAUUCCUGACAAUGUUGGCCAGUGUAACAGAGUUAAGGAUCAAGGAAAUAUGGUUCAGAAGACAGGAGAAAUGAUAGAAGCCAGGAGGCCUCAAGAAAUAAGCAAAGAAGAGGGCAUUAAGAUUGUCAGUGUGACCUCUCUGUCCAAGGGAAACCAUACCUUUCAUUCUCCUCCAGGUGUCCAGAGAACUGCGACCCAAGGACAGACUCAGCAAGAGCCCCGUGAGUACAGCAUACAGUGUUCUAACAGAUGGGCAGGUGUAUAGUAUGGCAGCAUCAUGUUCUUAUUCUCACCUGCUUCCUGUAGCACUGAAUUAAAGGGACACUCCAGACCCCUGAAGAGCUAUAUUUGUGAAGAGUGUGUCCUCUUUUUUUUUUUUUUUUUUCAAAAGUACAGAUUUGAAUAAAAAUUUACACUUUGAUAAAUUAACCUUGUUAAACAUGUAUUCCUGACCCUAUAGUGAAAACCCCUCAUUUAGGUGUCUUAGCUCCCAUAUAAAAGUAUAAAUCUCACCUUAUUUCCAGCGCCACGCGGGUCUGCUGGCGCUGGCCCCACCCCUUUGGUGACAUCAUCAAAAUUGCAGAUUUAAAAGCAUGGGGAAAGCAUUGGAUUGGCUAAAAUCGGCAAGGGGACGGGGCCAAACGCCUUUUUGGCCAAUCAGGACCUUCUCAUAGCGAUGCAUUGAAUUAGUGCAUCUCUGUGAGGAAAAUUCAGCAUGUCCAUGCAGAGCGUGGGGACGCUGAAUGGCAGAGCUGCUUACUGUGCAGCCCUGAGUCAGGAAGCCACUCCAGUGGCCAUCUAAGUAAUGGCCACUGGAGGUGUACCUAGGGACAAUGUAAACACUGCCUUCUUUGCAUAUAUUAGGCUGUAGUUGUUCUGGUGACUAUAGUGUCCCUUUAAGGUCAAAGUAGCCAAACUGAAAGCAUAACUGAUGUAGCCCUUUUUUACAUUUCAGCUAUUUUGACAUUAAAUCUGAAAUUCACUUUGAAUGUUCUGCGUUCUUUCAGCCAACUUAAUGCUUUCUCUUUGUUUCCAAGGUGAUUGCAUAGUGAGACACGGUCACUCACCUGCCAUAAAUGGCCCAAGACAAGCUACAGUCACAGUGACUCCUCAACCAUAUCAUGGGAGAGCAAGGACCCCACUCCCUGUUCCCAGGAACCCAGCACUGCUUGUGACAAAAAAGAUAGUGGACAGAGCUAUCCACCUGCAGAAAAAGGUGUGUUUGUGUGUGUGUGUUAGUGUGUGUUAUUUAGGCUAGAAACUUACUGUCUUAUAACGAUAAAGGAGCAAUGUGGUAUUUCAUUUCACUUUGUGUUUGUUUUCUCUCAGGUCACCGCACAGAAUGGCACCCCACUUUUGACUCAUGGUUCUCAUUACCCAAUGACCAGCACGGUUUCUAGCCGCCUGCCACCGUUGAGACCUGAGCCUGCUCCAUGUGCACUGGUAGGUCCUUAACUGAAGCCAUAGUAGAACAUGGACACAUUACCGUGUUUUUCAUCCCAAACACCCGUUGAAGGGUUUGUUAACUAAACACCAAAUUGGAAUGAAUUCAAAACCAAAUUGCAAAAUUUAGACUAACACAGCCAGCCAGUCUGCCUAUGAAUAUAGUUUAGUUAAACAUAUUUUCUAAAUCAGCUAUUGUUUCCUAUAUCUUGCAAUAAACUCCCUAGACUUUUCUUCCAUUGACAGCCAACCCGGUAGUUUUUUUAAAUUUUAUUUUAUUUUUUUCCCCUUCGUUUCAAAAUCUAAAAUUUCACUUCUGGACACUGAUAUAAUGAAGGAAAUGUCAUCUAACAUAAUUUUUAGCCAGUGUGUAGACGUUAAAGUAAAUUAAGACAAUCUGAUCCCUCACCUGUCAUUACAUUUUCAGAGUAUAGAGCUCUAGAAGAUUAUAGUGACAGGGGAGAAGAGGAAAAUUGUUCUGCUUUAAUGAAAAUGUGCUGGCAACCUGUGUUACAGGCACGCUAACCCACACCCACUAAGCAAUUACAUAGUUACAUAGCUGAAAAGAGACUUGCGUCCAUCAAGUUCAGCCUUCCUCACAUUGUUUAAUUAAUGGGUUACUAAGAAUAAUAACCACUGUAACCUUGGUUCAGUCGGGAGCUGAAGGUCUUCUCUUACUGGUCGUGACGCAGUGCUGCAGAAGCCAGAUUCCUGCUUGCCAUUCAUUGGCUGAGAGUCAUCUGACUGCUCUCAGCUAUUUAAUACAAGUCUGUGCAUAGAAAUAUGCACAAAACUAACACUAGCCAGCCCAGAUUUCUUGUUCCAGUUUGGCUAAUGACACUCAAGUGUUGCUGCAGGAUGUGUAGUUACUCAUCUGGCAGCAAAGGAGUUAAACUCAGUAUCUGCAGCAUUUCAUAGUGAAGCACUGACCAUACAGACUCAAGGCACCAUGAGUAGAGCUUUAAAUAUAUUCAUUACUUUAGGGGUGUUACAAGUUAAAGUGGCACUGUCAUGGCCGAAUCCCGUUUUUAUUUAACACCCCUCCCGACUCCACUUCAUCUAACUGACCCCCUAGUCACCCCCAAAUGCCCUAAGCUCCCCACAUAACUUAUUUUUUAAAUCUUUAUUUUCUGCCCCGACCUAUAUUCUGGGCGCCGCUAUGGGACACGUCAUCUGCCCACACUAGAUGGGAGAUUCCCGCACAUGCCCAGUUAAACACUUGGGCAUGCGAACGGGAAUUUCAUCCAUUAAUUUGUCAGAAAGACGAGUGAAAAGAAAUGUAAGAUGAACAAACACCGAAUAUCAGUGUUCGUUUGUUUGUUCGUUCAGUUUACUACAAGGAGGGAGCUACCGGCGCACAGCUCCCUCCUUGUAAUAUGUAAAGAUAGAAGCGGCAGGGAGCAGUGCUCCCCGCCACUUCCUAAGCCCCCCAUGAGAGAGGGAGAGAAGAGGAAUUGAUUAAAGAAAGGUAAGUUCGGCAUGACAGUGCCGCUUUAAAGUAAACCUGUCAUGAUGGGUUUACUUUAAAGAAAUACUAAAGUAUUAGGAAUGCAAAUCUGUAAGCCUAACGCUAUAAUGUCCCUGUCCCUAGUGGUAUUUGGUCUCCCCUCCCUAUUCGGCAUAGAAUCAACGCUUUCCUGAGGGGCUUCCGCGUCUCGUGGAUGAUUUUUACUUGGUCCGUGCAGCAGAAGCGCCUUUAGUGACAGUUACUAGAGGUGAACUUAACCCUGCAACAUGAACACUACAGUUUCUCAAACUACAAUAUCUCACGGGGACACUGCACCCAGACAACUUCAUCUGGGGACUAUAGUGUUCCUUUAAUUAAAGACUCUGCAAUUGUAGUUGCAUAUUUCCAUCUUUUCCCAACUCCCAGGAUAGACUGUGCGCCACAUAGGCAACUGGCAUGCCUCCCCCUUGCAUUGCUGAGAACUAUUUCAGUCAUUAUUUAUUUCUUUAUUUUGGCCCACGUUAGUGAGGCAGUUUAGUUUAAAUCUCCCCAGUGCCUUAUAAACAUGCCAUGUGCUUGCUUGUCCAUGCGACUCCUGCUCACUGUUGGCAAUUACACAAUGCUUCACAUACAAUUUAUAAAACGUGUGUUUUCCAGACUGGACAGUAAGUGGAGCUGUAGCAAGCUAUAAUGUAUUUACUACUGUAUGGUCAUUAUUGAAAGAAAGUGUACUUUUCUUUGUUUUCAUUUCCCUCAGUUACCUUCUGUAGUGUGGCGUUGUCUGCUUUGUCCAAAUGUCUGUGUAACAAGUGAAGAUUAAUAUCUGUUUUAAUCUCUAUCCAUCUAAAGCCUUUGGCAAGGAAAAGGUGUCACUCUAAGCAACACAAUAACUUGCUCCUUGCAAUGUGUCUGUCUCGUAAAUGAUGAGACUGUUUUUGGGGAAGGGGUGGUGGGGGGGGGGGUUAUUGCUCUAGACUGGCUGAGGGAUGUAUUUCUUUAAAGUCAAGUGUUUUUUGUUGUAUGCCGUACACAUCAAGGUAUCUAGCGGUAGAAUUAAUUGCAUAAUACUCUUAUAAUAAAAAAAGGAAUAUUAUUUAUAUAGCGCCAACAAAUUUCACAGCGCUGUACAAUAGGAAUAUGAAAAUAAACGUAAACAUUGUUUUGGAUAUAUGGUUUUACCACAAGACCUCCCUGGUUCCUUAUCAUUUUGGAGUCCUCUCCAGAUACAACCUAACAAUGUCAAAAGGUUCUACAAUAGUCACAUAGUAUUAUACGCUGAAAAGAUUCAGCUUUUCUCAUACACAGACAUGUUAAAGGUUAGCUUGAGUCUUGUUUUCAGCCUGUAUUACUUUAUAACCUGUGUUUUGGUUAUUUUGCAAUAAAAUUAGAACUUUUGGAAUCUUUUCACAAUCGCUCAGUUGUUUUGAAAAAUACUUAACAUUUUCAACACUAUCCUGAUUCCCCUUCAGAUAAAAGACGCCAGCACUCAAACAGCGGCUCCUAUUCAUUCUGUGGCAGUAAACGCAGAGCAGUUGGACACUAUCAGGGGAGAGCUUCACAGAUUGACACAGGCUGUGCAAACUCUAAUGGACAGACAGAACCGCUGGGAGCAAGAACAGCACAGACAGCGGCAAUGUAACCACCAGGAAAUAAUGUUACAAAUCCAACAGUUGGGUGCCUCUGUAACGGCGAGGUGUCCACAGAACUGCGCCUCAUAUAACAGCGCACAAGAGCCAGACGCCCAACUGCCUGAUAUCGGACAUUUCAAGAUGGAGCUUUUGUGAAUGUAGACGAUUUAUGCUCCAGUUUUGGAGCAAGAAGGACACACAAGCACGCUUAUCAACACAUACACAAGUAUUUAAUGCCGUUAAACGGGGAGAUUAUGAGAUUUAACCAUGACAGGCAUUCUGCAGUUUUAUAACCCACUGGGCCCAUGAUACUCUAAAGCUAGAAGCAGGGGAUCAUGGGAACUGCCAUCCAGGACCUCAUGUUGCUUAUCCCUGCCUUAAUACACAGUAAUGUGUGCAAAAAGACUUUUACACUAUUUGACUGUUCCAAAAAGUCUGUUUUAACUGGGGAAAAAAAUAAAAAAGGCACAUGACAUGCCAAACUUCAUUUAUAAUGCUUCUUUCAGUAAGACUCCCAACAUGUUGUUUUGGUAAAGAGACACUCCAGACCCUUGAAGCACUUUAGCUUGCUGAAAAGCUUUAUGUUUGAAGAGUGUGUUCUAUUUUUUAGAUUUUGGAAAUUGUGUAGAUUUCAAUAGAAAUUGGCACUUCUAUAAAUUAUACUGCCUUGCAAAGACUUUUCAUUGGGAGGUCUGUGAUUGGACAGCCACAGAAAGCAUGGGUGGGGUUAGAAUAAGAGGGCUUGCAAAGGCUGUAGAUAAGAGGCCUGCAGUUUUUGCAAAUUGUUUUUAGAUAUAACUCCAAUUAAAAAAAAUUGCAUAAUUAGAUAAAUGCAAGUUUUCAUUUGGGGUAUAUCUACUAAACAGUGAUUUUUCUUUAUUUUGUGUUUGGGCAGUGUAGUGUCCCUUUAAGGUACUUAGAGUGCCUCUUUACUUUACUCUAUUGUCUAAUAAUGGUAUAUGCUCUACAGUAAUGUAGGGCUCAUUUACUAAAUGGUGAGUUAUGUUGAAUGGACAACACAUUGGUAAAAAGUAAUAACAGUUGGAAAAACUUUUUAUUUUUGUGUGUUCUCCGCUCACAAAGUGAACCGUCUCUAUCCCACCGGGAAGAGCGCAACCAAUGUGAUUUGUUUGGGAAGCCUACCAGGGUUAUUCACUAAGGAGAGAAUUCAAAGUAUCUGAACUGGAAAAAUGAUCUAACUCUGCUAUGCAUCCAGUUUAGCUACAUUGGCCUUAAAUUUGAAUUUUCAAUUAAGUGAAUAGUCCUGUGUGAGUUUCAGAUAACCCAGAGGCAGAGAGCAGCACAGCCUGGGUUCGUUCAUUUUUCAGCAACCUUCACUUAUGUGUGUGUAAGGCUGGUGACAACAGUUCUGUUUUGCUCUCUUUAUCAUUGUACCUAAGGAAAUGGAGCAAUAAUGUGUAAAUGUUCCUCCAUUAAAUAUUUCAACCAUAGCAGGAAAUCCGAUUUAUCGGCUAUGGUGAUUGCAGUAUGAUUCAUGCAGUUAUCAGGGGCUGGAUCCUAAGGUCCAAAACUGGUUUACCUCUGGCAAGUGAGCAACAAUUCUCCCAUUCAAGCAAAGUGUCUCUGAUCACAGGAUGUGGUUCCUGGUUAGAGCCACAUUGCAGCCCAUUGCUGUGGAGCCCCUUGUGAUCUGAGACUCGGCCGAGGUUAAAUCAGACUGACUUUCCCCAAAUAUUUUCAGAGACUCACUGCUAACUAAACCACAAACUUGUAACAGGAACUUGAUCUUUGUCUUGUGUCCUAAAACUGUUCAUUCAGUGAAUGAACCUUAUAUGUUCUCUUUCCCAUACAUAUCACUCAUUAUAAUUUAUAGCUAAAAACACAAUAGAGAGUUACAGCUGGAGUGUUUCUGAAUACUUUUAGGCCAGUGAUGUCAAAUAGGUAGACUCUCAGCUGUUACAAGACUACAAAUCCCAUGAUUCCUUGUAGUUCUGCCUUGAAGCCAACUCUGUUCAAAACGAACCCUUUUUGUAAGUUCUUCGGUAUCCGUAGUAGAUGUGUAACUAACAUCCACUCCCCAGUUCUCAUUCAAUAAUAAUCUAUCGACUUUUGAAUAAAUACUG